CGACUCAUAAAAUUUUUAAACAAUUCCAAACUUCAAAACACAUUUAAAGCGGCUAAUGGAGAAAACUUUGUUUAUAAAUGAACAUUGAUUAUUAAAUGAGUUACGCUUAUUAAUUAUAUUCAAAAUUUGUGUGGCAUGUCCCAUUAAAUACUGUAAGAAGAAAUCUAUGUCGAUUGAUAAAUGCCUGGAGUUUGUCCGCGCUGUAAUCGCGAGGUUUACUUCGCUGAAGAAAAAUUGGCUCUUGGAAAAGUUUGGCACACGUUCUGUUUUUCUUGUCGUAAUUGUCGAAAAUUACUUAACAGUUGCAACGUGGUGACCCAUCUCGGUGAAUUAUUUUGCAAGAAUUGUUACGUUCGUCAGUCUUAUUCGGCCAAUAAUCAUGAAAUUAUAUCGAAAACUCAUUCGCCUGCAAGUUUAGCUCAGAAUUCAUUGAAUUAUUGUUCUUGUGGCGUUGAAAGUUUCAUCGGUAACACGUCGCUAAGUAGAAAACGACAUUACCAAUCCGAUGAGUGUAGACUUCGUGGUGGAGGCAGCGAAGUUGGAGAGACAUACAUUUCUUUUGAUAAGGAAAAAAAACAUUUAGAGAACGAAUACGCUAAUUUGAGUACUACCAAUUCAAUGUCAACGCUUUGUGACCCUCCACCUAGCCCUACUGCAGUCACUACGUGGUAUAAUCGACAGCAUUCUAAAAUUCGCAGCACAUCUCUGGAAUCGCAGAAGAAUAAUAUUACGAAGGAUUGUCGAUUCGAAGCGCAACUAGAUACUGACCUAUCCGAGCUAAACCCACCACUCAGUAACAAUGAAAUCGAUAUUACAGAAACCCAACUAAGCGCAGAUAAAACUCAAGCGCCAGCUAUCAACUGGAGUAAUAAAAUUAACAAAUGUGAUGCCGCUUGCAAAUUUAGCGCUAAUAGCGUCAUUAUUCCGUCAAGGCGAAAAUUUACGUAUCCGCCGGUACCGCCGCCUCGUAAUCCGCUGCCUUCCCGACGACGAGUCUCGUUCAGCGACGUCGUCUUCGGGGAUAUACGCGAAAACAACCAGAAUUGUAUGACGAAUAUGCAAAAUGUUCGUCGUAGGGCCUGUUGCAAUAAUGAUAGUAGCGAGGAAUAUCAUAGUUCUUACGACAUUUGGCAAGCGGACGAUCCGGUCGGUAAAAAUGACGGCGGGUACGAAAAUGUAAAUGUAAGUCAAACCGAGGACAAUGGCAGAAUACAUUUUGAAAAAAGCGCCUUGGAGUGUUGCAACGACGGAGAAGAGGCGCUAAACAAGUGCAAUGACAUCGAGAAGAAUUCUGGUCAGAACCGAACAAUGAACGAAAAAGAUGAUGAGACCUCUAGAGAAGACUCGACGACGUACCAAAAUGCUCUCAAUUCGUCGAUAGGGCUCGAUGAGAACGAACGUAUGAGGGGAGGUUGCGGUGGACCUUACUCACCGUGUGGACCUCGACCCAAAGUCUCAUGCGGCGUGGUUAAAGUGAUAGAAACUGCUUGCCACUGCGGAAGAAGAGAAUCGGAACCAUGUCGUACUUCUUGUUCAACUUGUUUAUCACCGUGUACCGAUCGGCGUAGUUGCUGUCCACCAACGAACGAGCGACCAAUUUGCAAGAAAGCGAUCAUUAAAUGUCGUCCAAUGUGUACGGACUCUCCAGGCUGUGGCGGUGGAGGAUGUUGCGGAGGCGGAUGUCGCGGUGGUUGCGGAAAACCUGGGCAAACGUAUUUGCCGGCAAGAUCUUGCCCGACUCCAUGCCGACCCUGUUCACCUUGUUCCCCACCGCGACCUUGCACUCCGCAACCAUCUUGCUCUUGCAGAAAAUGUUCGUCUUGUUGUCCAAAUACUGGUGGUAGCACAAGUUGCUGUAGUCGAUCAAAAAGUCCUGCAUGUCGAGUGAGUCGAAGAAGAUGCAGUACCGACAGAGCAGAUUUUAAUGAGAGUGGAUGUUGCCGAUCGAAAGUCAUUUGCGAGUGCUUAGGUGGAGGACUUGACUGCCAGCGCUGUGGAAGGAAAGUGUACCAAGCUGAAAUGCAGGUGGUGUCUGGCACACCUUAUCACAAUAUAUGCUUCAGUUGUUUUUGCUGCAGAAAACCAUUGGAACCACUGACAUAUCAAGAAAAUUGCGGAGAGAUAUACUGUAAACAAUGUUAUGUCCGAAAUUUUGGACCGCAAGGAUACGGGUAUGGCGUGGGACCAGGAACGUUACAAACUCCAAUGUGAAACAAUUAGAACGAUCAUGAAC